AAAACAAAUAUGGCGGCAACUAGUAGAGACCAGAUGACGUCAAGUGAGCAUGAAAAAACGUGUGUUGAAAUUUUAAUAAAUAAUGAGGCUCAAAGGACGUUUAUUUAUAUUAUUUAAGUCUAAAAAAAAGUAUAUAAGAUGAUUGGUAGACGUUGUGCUCUAAUAGCUCUUGGCGGGCUUUUAAUACUCGUUUUGACUGUCAAUAUUUAUUUUAUACGGAUGAUUGUUGAGACGUCGUCUGACAAGUAUGCUAGAAAUUCUCCGAUUGCCAAUGACAGAAUACAGGAUAGAAAUAAUAAUAAUAAUAAUCAAAUAAACGGUGAUAAUAAUAAUAAUAAUAAUAAUGGCAAUAAUUAUGAUAAUAAUAAUAACAAUAACAAUAAUAAUAAUCGAGUGAAAAAGUCACUGACUCAUGAAAUAGAAGAGAAAAUAAAAGCCGAGAUGAGGUUGUUGCCGUCUAAAUAUUUUAAACGUAAUUCUAGUUAUGCUUUGUUGCUCGAUAGGCUGCUUAUGGAAUUGAAAAUUAUGCCUAAUGCCAAAGAUGAUAUUUGGAGUAUUCCUAAUAAUAAUUGGCCAGACGCGCAUCAUUUAUUACCACCAGCAGCGCCAGAGUUAGGAACAAUUUUGAACGCGUUGCGUAAAACCAAAGUAGUAAAAGUAUCAAAUGCCCAGGUGGGAACGCAAUUGAAAUUAAUGCUAACAUUAGAAUCAAAUGUCAAAGCAAUAUUUAAACCACAAUGGUACUCCAGGGACACUGUUUUACACGGUCCAGUGUACUUUGGAAAAGACAGGCACAAUGCUGAAAUUGUUGCUUUUCAUUUGUCGUCUUUACUUGGCCUAAGACGCGUUCCUUUAACAGUUAUUAGAAAAUUAAAUUUAAAAGAAGUACAGAGUAAAGCUACAGCAGAAGUAUCAGCGACGAUGUUUGAAGAAGCUAAUGAAACUUGUUUUUAUGGAAAUUGUCAUUAUUGUUCAGCGUCAGAUCCUGUUUGUAGUACUAAUAAUAUACUUGAAGGUGCUUUAAUUCUGUGGUUACCAUCCUCGUUGAAGCUUUUUAAACAUCGACAUCCUUGGCAGAGAACUUAUAAACGUAAUAAAUUAGCUCAAUGGGAAACUAAUCAAAAUUAUUGUGAUAAGGUAAAGGAAAGCAAAACAUAUGCUCCUCAUGCCUCUAGUCGUCUUCUCGACUUAAUAGACACAGCGAUCUUCGAUUUUCUCCUUGAUAAUGGAGACCGUCAUCACUACGAAUUGAUGCAGAACAAUUUCCAUAAUCCGGCUGUAUUAUUAAUAGAUAAUGGAAAAAGCUUGGCGAAUCCCGACAUCGAUCAUAUCGACAUACUGGCUCCGCUGUACCAGUGUUGCAUGAUUCACAAAACAACGUGGGAUAGGCUGCAAUUACUAGGCGGAGGAGCUUUAAGUGCUUCAUUGAGGCAACUUCUAGCUCAAGAAGCCGUAGAGUCCGAGGUUCUUCCCCUCAUAACUGAAGAUUAUCUCAGCGCUAUGGAUAGAAGAUUACUUACAAUCUACGCGGUCGUCGAGUACUGCUUAAAACUUAAAAAAUACCCUUCUAAUGUUAUUUUAGAUCAUCGAUAAUUUUUCUAUUCAAAAUUUUAUUUUUUUUUUAAAUUAAUUUCAUCACUGCCGUGUACAAUAUUUGAGUAUUAUAAAUUAUA